UCGUACUACGGAGCCACACUGAGGUCUCUGCUGGGAAAGCAGGCGGACAGAGAGGAGUGCUCGCUUCUUUCUGCCCGGGGAAAAAUCACAGAUUCACACGGGGGAGGAAGACGGCAGGAGCGGAUAACGGCGUCGAUUUGAAGACAGAAGGGAGCCUGGUUAAUUCCUUCAGGGGGCAUUAGAUUGUGCUCUAACAUCCCGGUUUGGAAGAGCUUUCCUUGCUGUUGGCACAGCUCUCCUGCCUUUACAACCCAGAUUGAGAGAAACCAACACGCGCGUACCUGGACUGAAAAAAGCUUGUUAAGCGUUUUUGUGCGCGUUUUCUGCUGGAUUAUCUCCCCAAACAAACACGCACAAGUGGCAAACCGACGCCGAAGUCAAAACAAGGGAUUACAAUUGUGUCCAAAGCUCGCAGCGUCUGCCAGCCUGCCUGCAUGCGCGUCUUUCCCGUGUGAGCCGGGAGCAAAGUGCUGCUAAAAUCCACUCUACCUGGACUUUGGAGCUUCUUCCUCUUCACUGAGCUGCACUUGACAGGAGGAGCAGCGCAGACACAGAGAAAAUAAAACCACGUUUGAGCAGCUGAGGGGGGAAGAAGUGAGAAUCCUGCGAAAAUGCCUCUUGCACAGAUUGCGGAGCCAUGGCCCACGAUGGAACUAGUGCAGCUGGAGACAGAGAAUGGGCAGAGCACAGCUGAGGACGGAGUCACGCCUGCUGUCAAGCACCAGUCUCAUAUCUCCUGGAUAGAGAAAGAGUUUGCAAAUAUUAGAGCCCAGGACGAUGGAGAAAUCAAGGAGAUCAACAUCACCCACGUAGUCAAAGAGGGCUCAGAGAAGGCCGAUGCCUCUCAGUUUGAACUGCUCAAAGUUUUGGGACAGGGAUCGUUUGGCAAGGUGUUCCUGGUGCGAAAAGUGACGGCUCCUGAUGCCAAUCAACUCUAUGCCAUGAAGGUCCUGAAGAAGGCAACACUCAAAGUGAGGGACCGUGUGAGGACCAAGAUGGAGAGAGACAUCCUGGCUGACGUCAACCACCCGUUUGUCGUCAAACUGCACUAUGCGUUCCAGACUGAAGGAAAGCUGUACUUGAUUCUGGAUUUUCUCAGAGGAGGAGAUCUCUUCACUAGACUCUCCAAAGAGGUGAUGUUCACAGAGGAGGAUGUGAAGUUUUAUCUAGCAGAGCUGGCUCUGGGACUGGACCAUCUCCACAGCCUGGGCAUCAUCUACAGAGACCUCAAACCUGAAAACAUUCUCCUGGAUGAAGAGGGACAUAUCAAACUAACAGAUUUCGGUCUGUGUAAAGAAGCCAUCGAUCAUGAGAAAAAGGCGUAUUCCUUCUGUGGUACGGUGGAGUACAUGGCACCAGAGGUGGUGAACAGACAGGGGCACACCCACAGCGCCGACUGGUGGUCAUUUGGAGUAUUAAUGUUUGAGAUGCUGACUGGAUCACUGCCAUUUCAAGGGAAGGACCGCAAAGAAACUAUGAGCCUGAUUCUGAAAGCUCGGUUAGGGAUGCCUCAGUUCCUGAGUGCAGAAGCUCAGUCCCUGCUCCGAGCUUUAUUCAAGAGGAACCCUGCCAACAGACUGGGAUCUGGAGCUGAUGGUGCAGAGGAGAUCAAACGGCAUGGUUUUUUCUCCACCAUAGACUGGAAUAAACUUUUCAGGAGAGAGGUAAAGCCACCGUUCAGACCAGCAGUGGCCCGUCCUGAUGACACUUUCUACUUUGACUCUGAGUUUACCUCGCGCACGCCUAAAGACUCUCCUGGUGUUCCCCCCAGUGCCGGAGCGCACCAGCUCUUCAGAGGCUUCAGCUUCAUCGCAUCUUCUCUGUUAGAUGAAGAAGGUUCAGUGGAGCCAGUGAAGCCCCCACCACACCCAGUAGUUCAGCAAUUACAUGGGAAAAACCUGCUGUUCAGUGACGGCUACAUACUGAAGGAAGACAUUGGCAUGGGCUCCUUCUCUGUCUGUAAACGAUGCAUCCACAAAACUACCAACACAGAAUAUGCUGUUAAGAUGAUCGAUAAAACCAGUACAGACCCGUCUGAGGAGAUCGAGAUCCUGCUGCGGUACGGACAGCAUCCAAACAUCAUCACCCUGAAGGAUGUGUACGACAACAGUAAGCAGGUGUUCCUGGUGACGGAGCUGAUGCGUGGAGGAGAGCUGCUGGACCGGAUCCUCAAGCAGAAGUUCUUCUCAGAAAGGGAGGCCAGUGCUGUGCUUCACACCAUCACUAAGACUGUAGAGUACCUGCACUCACAGGGGGUGGUGCACAGAGACCUGAAGCCCAGUAACAUCCUCUAUGUCGAUGAAUCAGGGAAUCCAGAGUCCAUCAGGAUCUGUGACUUUGGCUUUGCUAAGCAGCUGCGUGCCAACAAUGGCCUGCUGAUGACUCCGUGCUACACUGCUAACUUUGUAGCUCCUGAGGUGUUGAAGCGUCAGGGUUAUGAUGAAGGUUGUGACAUCUGGAGUCUGGGAGUCCUGCUCUACACCAUGCUGGCUGGUUUUACCCCGUUUGCCAAUGGACCUGAGGACACCCCCAACGAGAUCCUUAACAGGAUAGGCAAUGGUCACUUUAGUCUGACAGGAGGAAACUGGGACACUGUGUCUGAUGCUGCCAAGGAUCUUGUGUCCAAGAUGCUUCAUGUGGACCCCCAUCAGAGACUGACAGCUAAGCAGGUCCUCAAACAUCCCUGGAUCAUCCAGAGAGACAAACUACCCAACAGCCAGCUCCCGCACCAUGACCCCAAACUGGUCAAGGGUGCGAUGGCAGCCACCUACUCUGCUCUGAAAAACUCCCAACCGACCCCAGAAUUGAAACCCAUCGAGAGCUCCUUCCUGGCCCAGAGGCGUGUGAAGAAGCUCCCGUCCACUUCCCUGUAGAGACUCUUAAAACAGCCAAUCAGCUCACUGGAGACUGACCAAAACCGCACCUCCUGGCUCCAACCACCAAGUCAGCUUGCAUCAGGGACUCUGUGCCCACACACCUCUACCAGCCAAGGAACACUGACUGUGGUCCUGCCCCCAUCUCGUGACAUCGCUCUUCCUGCUCUCGCUACUGUGUCAUCCUCCUUUUGGGCUGCUGUUAGCCGAAAAAAAGAAAAUAGAUGGGGGCGAUUUGGGCAGAAUAAAAAAGGGUGCAGGUUUUUGGCAAAUGUAUGUGCGUGAGUGCGUGAGUGUGCAUGACCUGCCUCAGAGUCGAUGCAGCCAUGUUUUCGAUCGACGGUUUUUUCUCCUCAUCACUGCUGUAAUCGGUUGUCAUUCAGCUUGCUGCACGCCUGUCCGUCUGCCUGUUCUCUUGUGUUUUGUCUUCUUUUUGUAAAGUUGAUGAGCUUUAUAUUUCUGGUCGUGCUGCCAAAUGAAACUGUGCCGACAGCACGUAACCAGAGUACUGUCCAACUGCUGUUUAAUGUUUUUGAAAGAGCAUUAUUAAUAUGAAACAUUUCUGCCAUAAAUGCCUCUUUGGCUUGGUACAGCCACAAUAAGUGGAUUCUGGGAAAUGUCACUGCUGAUGUUUUUGUAAAAGUCAAUCUCUGCUUGUUUUGUUUUACACAGAGGGCGUAUGUGUGUGUGUUUGAUGUGUGCGUUAGUUGCAUGCCUUGCAGUGCGUGUGUAGUGUCGUCAGGACGCUGCAGGGUCAUGUGCAUGGUCCGGUGAUGUGAUGAUGUCAUGUGGCUUCCUCGUUUCUCUCCCUCUCUUCUGCUUGGUCAAACCUGCUGGCAACCAUUAAAGAUGUCUCUUAUUUUUAUUUCUACAAAAACUAGUAACAUAGGUGGCUUUCUGUGAAAGAAAACUUGCCCAAAGGAACAAUGUGGCAUGUUAAAAAAAUUCUAUAUUUGCUUUGUUUCUUGUUUUUUUUUCCACUGUGUUUCUUUGAUAAUGCCUAUUGAAUGCUGUUUCCUGUGUUGGCUGCUUUUGUUGUUGACUGUUCUGUUUUUUCUUUUGUCCAAAGAAAGUGGUGAUUUAAGUAGUGAAAGAUAUGCUGAGCACUUCAGUCUGUGAACUCGACGCCCCACAGGUCUGUCCUUCUGCUUUAAAGAAUAAAAGGAGGGAAAGGUGAACUUUUCCUGUAUUAGAGCACUCCAAAAACAGCCUCCCUCCUCUUUAAAGACCCGGUUUAAUCCUACAGAUCUGCCUUCAGUUCAGAGUAACAGUCCUCUGUUAACUCUAUCAUCAUGAUAUUUGAAUUCCCAUCGACUGACCUCUGGGUAGGCUCUGUUCAGUUCAGUGCCUGGGCCUACAGGUGAGGUCUACUAAUGUUAAAACGUGAGGUGCGACAGUCUGUAGAAGUGGAAGGAAGACCUGUGUGGCCAAAUAUAUGAACCAGCUGUCUUACCUCAAAAGGGAUCAAAGUGAUAUUAUAAUUCUUGUUUGGUGGCAAAACUCCAUCCUUUGACUAAAUUUAUGGUAAGAUGUUAUUGUAUGAUAAAGAUGAAGAUUUUUAUAUCUUACAAAUAUUAAAAAUUCAGUUGCUUUGACAAACAGU